UUUCCUGCCAGGGGAGGGUCCUGGAUUAACUCAGCUCUGUCUGCCUUCAUACCAAAAGCUCAGCUGAUAACUGCUGCUGAAGGAUAUACUGUAGCCAGACUGGCUGCACUUCUAACUCACAGUCUGAAGGCUGCUGUGGUUUAUAUUGGCAGACUGCAGUGGAGGGCAAGCAGAGGAGAUUGUUUUCUGUUUCUGUUUGGAGGAGGGAGGAGGGAGAAAGAACGCUAACUUCACCAGAGCUGGUGGUUUGUUGCUGUAGGGAAUCAAAACAGACUAACGGAGGCAGAGAAAGAGAAAGAGAAAACGAUCUUGUGUCAGGCUGAGUAGCCUGGUGGGAGAGAUGUACAAGGUUUAACGCAGCAUGUCCAUUGGAGCGAGCUACCCAGAGGCUGAGACGGGAUUUGUUCCGAGUGUUCAAGACUUUGAUAAGAAGCUAGCUGAAGCUGACGCCUACCUGCAGAUUCUGAUUGACCAGCUAAAGCUGUUUGAUGAGAAGAUCAAGGACUGCAAAGACGAUGAAUCACGCAGAAAAAUCGAAAAUUUGAAAGAGACGACUUGUAGCAUGGUAGAGUCCAUCAAGCACUGUAUUGUACUGCUGCAAAUUGCCAAGGACCAAAGUAACGAACAGCAACACGCAAACGGACUUAUAAGUACCAUCAACCCAGUGGAUGGGAUCUACCAGCCCCCUCUGAACACUCCUGUAGACAACACCACGAUGCCAACACAGACCACACUACCCACAGACGCUUCUCAGGUGUGUAAAUCAGACCAACGACCCUCCACGUUACCUGUCGGUCCCGUCGUCACGGUGAUGGGCAGUCUGCAGACCCCAACUCCCAACAGCACAGGGAGUGGCCCAUCAGGCCCCAGCAGCGGUGUCGCCUCCCCGGCUCACAUCCCCAUCCCUUCACACUCUGUGCCAGACUUCUCCUAUUCUUCCAGCGAGGAUGAGUUUUACGAUGCUGACGAGUUCUACCAGAGCAGCACUUCUCCCAAACACUGCAUAGAUCCCUCAGGGCCUCCAGCUGCCUCGCCCCUCACUAAUGAAGAAAAGGCAUUGAAACGACCAGACACCACCGAGUCCCUCAACUCGUCCAUGUCCAAUGGCACCACAGAUGCAGACCCAUUUGAUAGCCACGAUGACCGAGAUGAUGACGGUGAGGGCGAGUCUGUGGAGGAGCACAAGAGCGUCAUCAUGCACCUUCUCUCUCAAGUCCGUUUGGGCAUGGACCUCACGAAGGUGGUCCUGCCUACCUUCAUCCUAGAAAGGAGAUCUUUGUUGGAAAUGUACGCAGAUUUCUUUGCACAUCCAGACUUAUUUGUAAGUAUCGCUGAGCAGCCGGAGCCCCGGGAGCGCAUGGUAAAUGUGGUAAAGUGGUACCUGUCAGCCUUCCAUGCAGGGAGGAAAGGUUCGGUGGCCAAGAAACCAUACAACCCAAUCCUGGGAGAAGUCUUCUACUGCCACUGGGAUCUGCCCAGCGAUACAGAGGAGCCUCCCCCACACACAGAGGCGGUAUCAGACGGUCCAGUUCCAUGGUCCUCAGCCAACAGUGUGCGUUUUGUGGCAGAGCAGGUCUCUCACCACCCACCCAUUUCUGCAUUCUACGCAGAGUGUUUAAGUAAGAAGAUCCAGUUCAACGCUCAUAUCUGGACUAAGUCUAAGUUCUUGGGCAUGUCCAUAGGUGUCCACAAUAUUGGCCAAGGUUGCGUUUCGUGUCUGGAGCACGACGAACAUUACAUCCUCACCUUCCCUAACGGAUACGGCAGGUCGAUUCUGACUGUGCCGUGGGUGGAGCUGGGUGGAGAAUGCAACAUUUCCUGCUCCAAGUCGGGCUACAGCGCUAACAUCGUGUUCCACACCAAACCCUUCUACGGAGGGAAGAAGCACAGGAUCACCGCUGAGAUUUUUUCACCGAAUGAUAAGAAGUCUUACUGCUCCAUUGAAGGAGAAUGGAACGGAGUGAUGUAUGCCAAGUGGGCAACUGGAGAAAACACAGUGUUCAUAGACACUAAGAAGAUGGGCAUCAUUAAGAAGAAAGUGAGAAAGCUGGAAGACCAGCUGGACUACGAGUCCCGAAGAUUGUGGAGAGAUGUGACGUUGAACCUGAAGCUGAAAGACAUCGAUGCAGCAACAGAAGCCAAACACCGGCUGGAGGAGAAACAGAGAGCCGAAGCCAGAGAGAGGAAGGAGAACGAGCAGCAGUGGGAGACCAGGCUGUUCCACGAGGAUGGGGAAUGCUGGGUCUAUGAUGAGCCUCUAUUAAAGAGAUUAGCCUCUCAGAGGCACUGAGAAGACUGCGCACACUCUGAAACACACACACAUACAUAUGCAUAAAGAAAUGCACACACAACAGAGUCUUCAUAAGAACUCUUUUGCAAAACCACUUCUUUUCCAAGCCUUGGAAUGACUGAUGAUUGAAUAUGUACACAGCUUUGCAUUUGACUGUAAAAUAACAAUAUGGAAAUGAAUGAAAUCAAAUGGAAAAGCAUCUAAGAUGUAACAUGAAAAUUAGUAAAGCUCCUCUCCUUAUUUGGGCAAUCUCACUUCCACCGCCACCGAUACCCACCACCCGCCAAUAGAAGACUCGGCAGCGCAGAGUGGAGGCGGGAGGGGUCGACGCGCCUCGUCUCUCAACCCCACCCGUCAGCUUCACGACCACGCCCUUCAUCAGCUCCACUCAACGAGCCAGAGCGGCACUCGUUUCCCUACAGGAACGUUUUUUUUGGAGGGGGGGGGCAACGGGUGUGUGUUCAAUUCAAACAAAUCGCUCUACAUCUCAGGGAAUCUGGUGACUGAGGAAAGAAAGCUGCUGCCCCCUCUGAGAGUCUGACAGCCUUAUAACGGUGGAACGGAUGAAUCUCAAAGGAGCGGAGGAGGAAUUCUCCGCUUGCCUGCAACUAGUUGUAACUGUUGUUUAUAUAUAGAUAUACAUAUGAUGGAUAUAUAAAUAUAUAUUCUUUUUUAUUUUCAAUGCUCUUUUUGUUUAUUUUUCCUUCUGGCAAUAGUGUAAAAUAUUUGAGGACAUGAACUUGAUGGCUUUACAUCUUUAGGAAUCAUUCCAUUCACCCUUUUGGUGUUUUGUUCCCAUUUGGAGUUAACUUGGCACCGAUUUGGUUCUUCACACUGUUCUGUGUCUCAAGUGUUACCCAGAAACGAAGCCCUACAUAAGCCAUAGCAUCUGAACACACUGAUUUGGAGAGUUGUGAUAGAUUUAUGGAAUAUAUGCAAUAUAGAGACAGUUGACAUUGCCUGUCAAAGGACAAAUUUGAGUGUCCGUUAUGCCAAAAAAGGUUGAGCUAAAAGGCUAAAGGGAAUUUCAUCUGGACAGAGAGCAAACGAUCCUCUGCAAAUGUUUCCAUGUUGCCUGAAGGCGUUUAUGAACAAAUGAUUGUUUACAUAUUUUUGUCUUUGUGGAUCGCUGGUCCACGAUGAGGACGGAAAGCUAGGACCGAGUCUGCAAAGUGACCCCUUUUUGUUCCGCACAUCACCUGUCCGUGUCUCCCUCCCAACCCACCGAUGUCAGAGUGGAUCACCUUGAUGGUUCACUCCUGUGUUGUCAGAGGGUGAGGAGAGUGAAAACGAGGAACCAGAGUAGACUUGUGAAACACUGCUGCUGUUUCAAAGUGCUGCUGGAAUCCAGACUAUGUUCCACCACUUCAGUUUUCUUGUAAACUUAAUUUCUUCUUUCUUUCUUUUUUUUUUUGUCCAAUUUUUUCAAGAUAACAACCACAUAGAGGGCAAUCUAUUUAUCCUACUGUACACCUCUGCUUUUUUGAACCAUCAUUCAUUCUCUUAUUUACAGCUACAUAGGUUGGACCUAAAUGCAAUAUUUGGAUGAAAUGCAGAAAUAAACAAUUUUCACCCGAAAAUGCCCGAGAAUAUCUCUGAAUGCUGUAGCGAGCUCACAACGGAGUUCUUUGUUAUCCAUGCGGUUAAUACACAAGGUCUGAUUGUCUGUUUUACAUAUUUGGCCUGUAGAAAUAUGAUCUGGUUGAUUUCAAUGAAUAAGAAAAUAAAAUUAAUCUGGUGCAGGGAUCUAUAAAGACAAACCUAUUUGUGGAGCUGUAUGCACAUCAAGUGAAAAACUUUGUUGAGAUCUUGUAGUCGCAGUAGUCAAAUGUAAUCCUCCUCUCAAUCAAACAAAAAUGCCUUUAGAGACAAGCCAAAUUAAAUUCAGACUCCAAGCAAAAUUUAAAGCUAUUUCUUUCUUUUUAUCCCAUGUUAUGUCUAUGUUAUGAUAUUGAAUUGAGGCCUUGUCAUACAUUUCGGUAUGACUCAGUAUGGCCUGAUAGAAAGCAAUCAAAAUGUAUUUUUUAUUUCAUUUUGAUCAUCACUGUUGAUUGUAUCAGAUUUCCCUGUUUUGAAGCAUAAUAUUAAAUCUCCACCAGUUUAUUCCUGA